GCCACACACUCCGACAUCCAGAAUAUCGCUUCUCCUCAGAAAUGGAGCACAGCCUUGAUUCCUAAGGGUUUAUUCGUCAAGUACUUGUAUUACCGACUGCUGUGAGGGGAAAUUAGGAGAAUCGGUAUUGACGCCCAUCUGCUGUAUUUUCAUCGUGAAUCCCUUUUCCAGCACUGACGGUCCUCGAGUCCCGAGCUCCGUCUCUUUAACGGGAUUCACACUAGCUGUAUAUAUCAGUACUGUAUUUCUGCAAUGAACACCGCGCGACUGAACUGACACUAAUAUUUUAAGGAAUAACCUCGGGAAAACAUGGAAUAAUACGAACACGUAACAUUUUAUUUCAGGUGUGGUGAGCAAGCGAGUGCAUCAGGAUGCCGCUGGUCAAGCGCAGUAUCGAGCCUCGUCACCUGUGUCACACGGCUCUGCCGCACAGCAUCAAGAACGAGUUGGAGUGUGUCACCAACAUCUCACUGGCCAACGUCAUACGACAACUGAGCAGCCUGAGUAAAUAUGCGGAGGAUUUGUUCGGCGAGCUCUUUAACGAAGCUCAUUCCUUCUCCUUUCGAGUGAAUUCGCUUCAGGAGAGAGUCGACCGCCUGUCAAUCAGCGUCACUCAACUCGACCCCAAAGAGGAGGAGUUGUCUCUUCAGGACAUCACGAUGAGGAAGGCCUUCCGCAGCUGCACCAUCCAGGACCAGCAGCUGUUUGAGCGUCAGUCUCUGCCCGUCCCAAUGCAGGAGACGUACGAGCUGUGCGAACAACCGCCGCCGCUCAACAUCCUCACGCCCUACAGGGAUGAUGGGAAGGAGGGUCUGAAGUUCUACACCAACCCGUCGUACUUCUUCGACCUGUGGAGAGAGAAAAUGCUGCAGGACACAGAAGACAAGAGGAAAGAGAGGCGGAAACAGAAGUUGCAGGAUCCCCACAUGUAUGAUCAGGUCUAUAAAUAUCUAGACCUUCCAGUGCAGCUGAAGAACAUCGAUCGUCCUCACGACCCGGAGAAGGUGCCGCGGGCGCCUCACGACCGCAGGAAGGAGUGGCAGAAGAUGGCGCUGGGGGCGGAGCUCGCCGAGGACGACGCCGACGACAAACACAAAGACACCAACGGAUCGGCAGCCUAUCACGAACACAGUAGGCAAAUGUACAUCGAUCAGCUGGACGGGCCGUUCUCUCUGGCCGCGCUGCCGUACUCUCAGAUGAACGAACUCCUGAACCGGACGGGAGAACGAACCUACGGCCGCCCGCAUGAGCCGCCGCCGCCACCGCCCACGUACCCGCCCGACGCCAAACCAGCCUCCGUUAUCAGCUCCAGCUCAGGUUUCUCGGACAGCGUCACGCAGUCUCCGGCUCGCACGCCUGUCUUCCUCAACUCCAAUGCCCCGCCCCCGGCCCCUCCCCCUUUGCCCCCUCCCCCUCCUCCCCUGCCAGCCAGCCUAUCAAGUUCAAGAAUGCGUGGUUCAGCCCCGCCUCCGAUCCCUCCCUUACCUUCCCAGCAGCCCCCAGCCAUCCCCCCACCCCCUGCUCCCCUCCAGAUCGCCCCGGGCGUCCUGCACCCCGCCCCUCCUCCGGUGGCUCCGCCCCUUCACUCAUCUCCAGCCCGCGGACAGCAGGACAAGACCCUGCCCACAGGAGAUGGAACGGUGUUGCCACCUCCUCCCCCUCCUCCUCCUCUGCCCCUCCCAGGAAACAGAAGCUCCUCCCCCUGUACAUCCUCAGGCCCGCCCAACAUGCCUUCCUUCCCGUCAGGAGCCGUUUCGUCGCCACCCACUCACUCGGGGCACGAGGUCAAGAGGUAUCCAUCCAAUCUGCCGCCAAUCAGCGACGCACGCAGCGUUCUAUUGGAGGCCAUCCGUAAAGGGAUCCAGCUGAGGAAAGUGGAGGAGCAGCGGGAACAAGAGGCCAAACACGAGCGCGUGGGCAACGACGUGGCCACGAUCCUGUCGCGCCGCAUCGCCGUGGAGUACAGCGACUCCGAAGACGACUCCGAGUUUGACGAGGUCGACUGGAUGGAAUAAGAGAGAAAGACGAACGUCACGGGAUCAAGAGUUUCAGGAAGGAGGCACAUGGAAUCUCAGCUAACCUUCUUCCCAAUAACAGUUUUCCCACAAACACUCUCCGAUCAGUCGCAGUCCAAUUCAGGAAACACCCGGACUGCAGACGACUGUAUUCGAUGUUCCCAGAAUGCUUUGCUUUUAAUGUUUUUUAACCACUUGUUGUGCAAUUGAUGAAUGAAAAUAACCAUGUUGGGUUUUUUUAUCUGUCAUAUUUCUUUCAUUUGAAUUCGUCCGUUGUUAAUUCUCAGUAGGAACCACAGAAGCGGUUGUUUGGUUGUUAUUGUUCAGCGCGAGACGACAGGGGCCUCUUCUGGUCACGACAGGAACGUCUCAAUGCGGCAGAUCAAAUGUGUCAUAUCAGAAUGUGACGGAUGCUUAUUAUACUUUCAAUAUCAUCUAAACCGUUCUUCCAUUUCAGAGAUGUGAUGUUUGAUGUCAGUGUGUGCUUGUGAUGGACAAAGUGAAAGGAAAAAAAAUAUGAAGGAACGUUUUUAUAACGUGUCAAGACUACAAAAAUGCAUGAGGGAAUCUCUUGUUAAGGUUAUAUUUCACCUUACAGUAAAAAAUGAAGUAAAAAAAAGUGUUAUUUCUCAUUAGGAUUUUUUAAAUUUUGUCUUGUACAAAAUAUAAAUUUUGUUGUGCACUACAAUUGUGAGAAUUUGAGAAAGAAAAUUUCAAUUUAAUAAUUUGAAGGAAAAUAAAUAAAUAAAUAAAUAUCAAACUGUAUUUUAAACAAUUAUAAAUACAUUUUUAAAAUAUAAAUAUAAACUCUACAAAUUGACAUGUUGGGCUUAAUUUUCCUCCUUUUAAUUUUUUUUUUUUUUAAGUAUUUUAUAAUUUGAAGGAAAAAAAAAAUUUAUAUAGAGAGAGAAAGAGAGAGAGAGAGAAACCAUUUUUCCUCCAAAUUAUAAAUAAAUGUUUUUAAAUAUAAACAUUGACCUUUAAAAAUUGACAUUUUGUCCUAAAAUGGGCUUAAUUUUCUGUUUUCUUUUUUUUCCUGAAUAUUUUAUCAUUUGAAAAUAAAAUAUAUAUUAUAUAUAUAUAUAUAUUUGUGUAUGUAUGUUAUAAUAUAUAAAAAGAUAUUUUAAACAAAUUUUUUAAAUAUAAACAUUAACUCUUAAAAAUUGACAUUUUGUCCUAAAAUGGCCUUGAUUUUGUUUAUUUUA